UUCACAUUAGAUGGCGCGCUUUCGUGACGCACGGAGCGCAUGCGCAGCAACAGAUAUCCUAGCGAGCUCUUUCCUUCUCUCUGUUGCUUUGUGCACGUAAUUCCAAAAAAGAAACUCUCAAUACUUUAACAAUGUCUGAUGAUGAAUUUGGACAAGGCGAGUCUGGAGCUGCCAAACAUUAUCCACAGCAAUGCUCUGCCCUUCGCAAAAAUGGAUUCGUUCUCAUUAAGAAUAGACCCUGCAAAAUUGUAGAAAUGUCAACUUCUAAGACCGGAAAGCACGGUCAUGCAAAGGUUCAUCUUGUUGCAAUAGAUAUAUUCACCAAUAAAAAAUAUGAAGAUAUUUGCCCAUCCACCCAUAACAUGAAUGUUCCAAACGUUACCCGUAAAGAUUUUCAGUACGUUGAUAUGGACGAUGAGUUCUUGUCUCUAAUGGACGACAGUGGUGGUAUCCGCAGUGAUAUUAAACUUCCUGAUGGUGAAGUAGGCAAUGACAUUAAAAAGAAGAUCGAAAAUGAUGAGCAAUUUAUGUGCACUGUCCUCACUGCGAUGGGUGAGGAAGCCGUGGUGGGAACAAAGCCGCUUAAUUAAAAAUAAACAGCUGGUGGAUGGAUAUCAUGUGAUCACAGAGUGGCCAGUCAGAGGCUAAGAGGGAGCACCGCCAAGCUUUGUGCACAGGCUCAUCCAAGCUUCAAUCAACCUUUUUUUUCCUCUCUUUUAUUUUUUUUGCUUCAAAAAUAGAAUCCCACAUCUCUCCAUUGUCUGAAAACUUUCCAGUAUCAUGCUAUCUCUGCUGAUGCAACCCCCCCCCCCAAAAAAAAGAAAAAGGUAAUGGUUGGAAUCUUGUGUAGGAGUUCUAGGUCAAACAUAUUUUUAACCUCCUCCCCCCAAAAAAUAAAUUAAAAAAUCGAGAAAUAAAAAAAAAAUUCUCACAACAAUACUGUAAUUUGUCUUCUAAUUCACUCCAAGUAAUAAUGAUCAAUGAUCUUGAUGAUGAUCAUGGUAUAUAUAUGUUGUUUUGUAAAUGAUUGAAAGCCUUUUAAUUCCUGAUGACCCUCCCAGCUUUACAAGACAGUGCAACUGUCAGAGCAACCCGACAGAUCAUAAUUGUAUUGACCACAAAUCUUGUAUGUAUGCCGCUGUGUUUAAUUUAAUGCAGUGAAAUAGAAAUGAAAAAAAAAAUUAAAAGAUGACAAUCUAAUGGCCUGGAACGCCCUGUUAUUUUUGCAUGCCACGUAUAUAUCUCAAACUAGAAGGGGGUUACCCCUAAAUGAUUGAGGGUAUUCCCCUUCCAGCUUUCGGAAAGCAUGGUCUAUAUCCAUUCCUUGAUGAGGAUUUGAAUUAAUAAUGUAGUUUUAGAGAUAGACUUCAACGAAGACCAAUAAUGAAUACUGAUUUCUCGGUCUCAUUUGCUCUACAACGAGUCGAAAACAGCCGUUUAAACAUUUUUUGUACCAGCUAAGUAUAGCUGGUUUGAAUACAAAUGAAUAUAACGGCUGUUUUGGACUCGCCGCCGCACGGCCGUCGGUAGAGCAGAUGUGACCGAGGUAUAAAUGAAACGUUACUGCAUGAUGUUUUGUAAUUCUCAAUGCUGUACAAACAAAAUAUUUAGAUUAUGUGGAACCUCUAUAGGGAAACAGUAAUACAUGAAAUCUCACAAGCUGUGAUUUUUACCGGGCCAACUUCUUGGCACUCUGUUUCUGAUUUCGUCUUUUUAGUUUUUACCGUGAUUUUUACCAGAUGACAGAAAAGCAAAGCAGUUUUUCUUGAUCCCAAGGAAUUUGCAAGUAUGGAGGUUCCACUAGAUUUUAGGAUUUAUUUAUUUUAUUUCUAUUUUAUUCCUCGGGUAUUUCUAUCUAAAUAAUAUGUGGAAAGAAAAGAAAAUCUAUUGUACAUUCUUUCUUCUGUUGCCAUCGCCUUUUUCUCUCUUUCCCAGAUCUUUUUUUUUCUGUUUGGGAUGGUAUGUAUGGUAUGUUUGUGUGUUACAAAUCAUUCUUAUAUCUCAUGUAUUUUCCAACAUGGAAAAGUAAAAUUGAUGAGCAAUUCCACAUGGACUGUGUGAGAUGUAUUCUUCAGUGAUUAUUUCUGUCAGAAAUUCGAAUUGUUUUGAUUGAAUGUUAUUGAGAAUUUAAUGCAAACGAGCAGAUAUGAGCCAAAGUUAGAAGACUUCACCAUGUAACCCCCCCCC